CCAGAGAUCGCGCAUGGAAAUUUGUCAAUAGGCGAAGUCAGUGAACAUUACCAACCCUCACCAACAAAACAUCCAGAACCAUCCCUAGCAUUCCGCAUUCCUUGCUACACACAGCCCCGCCAAAAUGCCGCCUCUCAUAUUACACAAUGUUCCAGACGAAGAACUGUAUGUGGGAGAAGACGGCAUACAAAGACCGUAUGCUAUGCUGUUUCCUGGGUAAGCUACCCACAUGUGCGCGCCCAUCAUGAUGGAUUUAUGUUUUUCUGACGAAGACAGCAACGAGAGCAAUCCAUUAAUCUCGCGAUCACGAAAAAACACCUUCACUGAAUCAGGUUCAUUCGGAAAGUCUACUAGGCGUUCGCGCUCGAGGACAGGCACACCAGCUGCGAGAAGGGAGGAUCCGACGCUCGAGGCCGCAAAUGCGAUCUUUUCCAAUUUCAUGACCAGUCGAGUCGCAACUGCUCCCGAAAUACAACGCCCUACGUCUCUAUCAGCAUCAGUCUCUCAGCCAAACCUGUUAGGUUUGACGGCCCUAGCAACAAAUGACACCAAUUCUACCGCUCCCUUGCGAUACGUCCAUAAAGAGCCCACCGAGGUUAUUCUACGAGGCUUUAGAGCUAGCCAUCAAUAUGCAGCACUCAGAGAAUACGAGCGCAUUGGUGGUCGAAUAUGCGAAGAUUAUCCUCGAGAUCCUCCACUAGAACAAAGACGCUACAAAUCCGACCUACGAGAUCCCGCUUCCCUUCGAACACAACCUAUGACCGCAGAAGAAAAGGCAAAGGCGAUGAGAUUCGCGGGCGGGGAGCACUGGAUCAAAAUAACUUUUGAAUCUGCAGAAGGCGCUGAGGCAGCUGUUGAUGCCUCACCUCAAACGAUACAAGGGCAUCUCGUAUUCGCUGAACUGUAUCGUGGAGUUCCACCUACCGCUGAUGAACCUGUACCUUUAGGAGGACGAGGGAAUACUUUCGGCGCCUCUUCUGGCAAGGGUAUUUUUGGUGCAACCCGACAAUCGUCAUCACUCUCUCGAUCUUACACAACUCCAGCAAUGAGCCAAAUUGGGCGGGGUAUGGGCAUCCACACCAUCUCACCUUCAGGAUCCAACACCUCAUCCCAAACACUCGAAUCGGCUACAAUUUCCCAUGCAGGUACAAGCACAUCUUCCGGAACUGUGAUGCCCGAUCCACCCGUACAACAAGCAAGCACACAGAAUGCUACGCCUGAGGUCUACUGCCGCGGCAUCCGCACAGCAAAGAGGAUUCAACUUCUUCCCGCUGAACAAGCGCUAUUACCACAAAAAUCUUACGGCAGAAGAGUGAUGGCUCAAAUACCUUUCCUCAGCUGGUUCACAGGGGACAUGAUAGGCUCUACUGUUCCAAGAACGGAAAACGGAGAGUUUGAUUAUGCGAGAGCUUCUAUGUACUGGCUUCUGAUUUACUGGUUGGAUCGCUUGUGUUUUGGUAUAUUUGAGGUUUCCACCAAAGAGAAGGAGGAAUGAUGAUGGAAAUCGUAGCCACGGUUUGGAGAAAGAGUGGUAAAAUUCGGGGAUGAGGAUAUGGAGACCGCGACGAUGGCAUACCUUGAAUACAAGGUCUUGUCUUGAUUUCAGCAUGGCGUUUGAUGUGUCUUUGGGAGGGAAUUCAGCUAAGCAGGUUGAGCAUCGAAAAU